CUUUCCGGUGGUGGGAAAGUGAACGAAGCUAGAAUCAAAGCGGCGCAUCUUGAGGAAGGUGGGGUGCCUGUGGAAGAGGGAAGGCAGGCGACUGGAUAGGGUCUGGCUCGGGAGGCCGGCAGAGCAGCAGCUGCAGAAGCAGGCAGAGGCAGAGAGGGCAUGGUGUCGGGAGGCGCCGAGAAGGAGGCGCAGUCCGUCCCUCCCAGGGUUAGUGAAUGAGGCUCUCCGCCCGGGCUAGCCCGGGGACUGUGCGCUGCGGGUCCCAGCAUGAGUGCGGGCCCCGGCUGUGAGCCCUGCACCAAGCGACCCCGCUGGGGCGCCGCUGCAACUUCUCCGCCGGCCGCCUCGGACGCCCGGAGCUUCCCCGGCAGGCAGAGGCGCGUCCUCGAUCCCAAGGACGCUCCGGUGCAGUUCAGGGUCCCGCCGUCCUCGUCAGGCUGCGUCCCGGGGCGGGCGGGAUCGCACAGAGGCAGCGCCACCUCGCUUGUUUUCAAACAGAAGACUAUUACCAGUUGGAUGGACACGAAAGGACUCAAGACAGCUGAAUCAGAAAGUUUGCAUAGUAAAGAAAACAACAAUACAAGAGAAGAAUCCAUGAUGAGUUCUGUACAGAAAGAUAACUUUUAUCAACAUAACAUGGAAAAAUUAGAAAACGUUUCUCAGCUAGGUUUUGAUAAAUCACCAGUUGAAAAAAGUACACAGUAUUUGAACCAGCAUCAGACUGCAGCUAUCUGUAAGUGGCAAAAGGAAGGGAAACAUUCAGAGCGACUUUUGGAAAGUGAACCUCCAAUAGUAACUCUGGUACCAGAGCAGUUCAGUAAUGCUAACAUUGAUCAGUCACCCCAAAAUGAUGAUCACAGCGACACAAAUAGUGAGGAGAGUAGAGAUAAUCAACAAUUUUUGACACCUAUAAAACUUGCAAAUGCAAAACAGACAAUAGAAGAUGAACAGGGUGUAGAAGCCAGAAGCCACCAGAAGUGCAGCAAGACUUGCCAUCCCGCCGAAGACUGUGCAGGGUGUCAGCAGGAAGAGACAGACGUGGUGCCAGAGAGCCCCUUGUCAGAUAUCGGCUCUGAGGAUGUUGGUACUGGACUGAAAAAUGCCAACAAAUUGAGUAGACAAGAAAGUAGCCUAGGAAAUUCUCCUGCAUUUGAGAAAGAAAGUGAACCCGAGUCACCAAUGGAUGUAGAUAAUUCCAAAAAUAGUUGUCAGGACUCAGAAGCAGAUGAAGAGACAAGUCCAGGUUUUGAUGAACAGGAAGAUAGUUCCGCCCAAACAGCAAAUAAACCUUCAAGGUUCCAAGUAAGAGAAGCUGACACUGAAUUGAGGAAACGGUCCUCUGCUAAGGGAGGUGAGAUUCGAUUACAUUUCCAAUUUGAAGGAGAGAGUCGCACUGGAAUGAAUGAUUUAAAUGUCAAACUACCUGGAAGUACUUCUAGCCUGAAUGUAGAGGGCAGAAAUUCUAAGCAACAUGGGAAAAAGGAUUCUAAAAUCACAGAUCAUUUCAUGAGAAUGCCGAAAGCAGAGGACAAAAGAAAAGAACAAUGUGAAAUCAAACAUCAAAGAACAGAAAGGAAGAUCCCUAAAUACAUUCCACCUCACCUUUCUCCAGAUAAGAAAUGGCUUGGAACUCCUAUUGAGGAGAUGAGAAGAAUGCCAAGGUGUGGGGUCCGGCUGCCUCCCUUGAGACCAUCUGCCAAUCACACAGUGACUAUUCGGGUAGAUCUUCUGCGAGCAGGAGAAGUUCCUAAACCUUUCCCAACACAUUUUAAAGAUUUGUGGGACAACAAGCAUGUUAAGAUGCCUUGUUCAGAACAAAACUUGUACCCGGUGGAAGAUGAGAAUGGUGAGCGAACUGCAGGGAGCCGGUGGGAGCUCAUUCAGACUGCACUUCUCAACAAAUUCAGUCGACCCCAAAACCUGAAGGAUGCUAUUCUGAAAUACAAUGUGGCAUAUUCUAAGAAAUGGGACUUUACAGCUUUGGUUGAUUUCUGGGAUAAGGUACUAGAAGAAGCAGAAGCUCAACACUUAUACCAGUCCAUUUUGCCUGAUAUGGUGAAAAUUGCACUCUGUCUGCCAAAUAUUUGCACCCAGCCAAUACCGCUCCUGAAACAGAAGAUGAAUCAUUCCAUCACAAUGUCACAGGAACAGAUUGCUAGUCUUUUAGCUAAUGCUUUCUUCUGCACAUUUCCACGGCGCAAUGCUAAGAUGAAAUCGGAGUAUUCUAGUUAUCCAGAUAUUAACUUCAAUCGGUUGUUUGAAGGACGUUCAUCAAGGAAACCAGAGAAGCUUAAAACACUCUUCUGCUACUUUAGAAGAGUCACAGAGAAAAAACCUACUGGGUUGGUGACAUUUACGAGACAGAGUCUUGAAGAUUUUCCAGAGUGGGAAAGAUGUGAAAAACUCCUGACUCGAUUGCAUGUCACUUACGAAGGAACCAUAGAAGGAAAUGGUCAAGGCAUGCUACAGGUGGAUUUUGCAAACCGUUUUGUUGGAGGUGGUGUAACCAGUGCAGGACUUGUACAAGAAGAAAUCCGCUUUUUAAUCAACCCUGAGUUGAUUGUUUCACGGCUCUUCACUGAGGUGCUGGAUCACAAUGAAUGUCUUAUCAUCACAGGUACUGAACAGUACAGUGAAUACACAGGCUAUGCCGAAACAUACCGUUGGGCCCGGAGCCAUGAAGACAGGAGUGAAAGGGACGACUGGCAGCGGCGCGGCACUGAAAUCGUCGCCAUCGACGCCCUUCACUUCAGACGCUACCUCGACCAGUUUGUGCCUGAGAAAAUCAGACGCGAGCUUAACAAGGCUUACUGUGGAUUUCUUCGUCCUGGAGUUUCUUCAGAGAAUCUUUCUGCAGUGGCCACAGGAAACUGGGGCUGUGGUGCCUUUGGGGGCGAUGCUAGAUUAAAAGCCUUAAUACAGAUACUGGCAGCUGCUGUAGCUGAGCGAGAUGUGGUUUAUUUCACCUUUGGGGACUCAGAAUUGAUGAGAGACAUUUACAGCAUGCACACGUUCCUUACUGAAAGGAAACUGACUGUUGGAGAAGUAUAUAAGCUGUUGCUACGAUAUUACAAUGAAGAAUGUAGAAACUGUUCCACCCCUGGACCAGACAUCAAGCUUUAUCCAUUCAUAUACCAAGCUGUUGAGUCUUGUGCGGAGACCACCAACCAGCCAGGACAAAGGACUGGGGCCUGAGGAUCCAAGUGAAUAGAACCUCCUUCCACCUCUCAUGAGAAACAUCCUUUCUGAACUGUCAGGUGUAACAUAUGAACUGACUUAAUAUAAAUGUGUAUAUAAUCCACAUUUGUAGGCAAGGAUGCAGUCCCUUCCACAAACAUAGAUUCAGACAUAUUUUGUUUCCAUUUUUUUCUAUUUCAGUCUUCAUUCUUUGAUUUUUCUUUCUUUUGCCCAUAAGAUUUCUUGUGAAAUUUCAUGAAAGUUUGUGCUCAGCCUGUCAGGUCUCUUUUUUGAUGCCUGUAUAUUAUACAAAUUGCCUCUGCAGCUAGCAGAUGCCAGGGAAGAAGGUGAAAUCCGAGAAUCUGUUUAACUAACUGGGUCUGCUAAAGAUCUCCCUGUGAGCCUUUCACCCCCUACUCUUCUUAUGAUUGCAUUGUUGGAGUUUUUGAUUUUUGAAAAUUAAGAGUUGGGGUUUUUUUUUCAUACAUGUUACAUAAUGCAGAUCCCCUGCGUUAAAAGUUUUGUAUUUAAGGCAGAAUAAUUUCCAGAAAGUUAUUUUAGUGACAUCACCUUUAUCUGUAAUGGUUUGUCUGUCCUUUUUCCCUGAUCAAUUUUUACUGAUACUGUUUUUGGAAACUGACCUAAAUGGAAGGAAAUGUAGAAUAAAAGUGUUUCCCAAAUGGUGUUUAAAAUACAAACAGAUUCAAGA